ACAAAACGAAGGGUUUAUCAUCUCGUUGCAUCUUCUUAAACCCCUUCUCGUAUUGAAAAAGAAAAGUAGUUUCUUAUGAAGAAAUCAACCGAUUACAUGGAUAUACCUUGCCCUCCUCCUUAUGAAGAAAUCAACCGUGAAGCCUUCAGGUCCUUAAAUGCUGAACAUUUCGAGGGGAUGCUUGUCGAUGUUACCAAGUUUCUCAAUCAGAGGUUCUCACUAAGUUACAGCACCCUCAUGGGACCCAUGGAGAUUCCUUCUCAAUACGCUGAAAUAAUAAAAAUUCCGGCUGCACACUAUGCUUUUGGUGCUAACUUUAUGCAUCCAAAGUUGAUGCUUUUUGGAAGAGUUUUGAACGAUGGGCGGGUCGACGCUGGAGUCAAAUGUGCCUUAUCGGAUAAUCUUAGCAUGAAUGCCGAUGCUCAGCUAACAAGUCAGCCGCACAUGUCGAAUGGAAAGUUUAACAUUGACUAUAAGGGUACUGACUACAGGACUCGAUUCAAAUUCGGAAAUGGUGCCAUGCUUGGAGCUAGUUAUAUUCAGAGUGUGACGCCUCACCUGUCGUUAGGCGGGGAACUAGUCUGGGCUGGCGAGGAUCGUGAGUCUAAUAUUAGUUAUGGUGCUCGAUACAACACGGAUAAAAUGGUUGCUGUGGGACAGAUUACUAACACUGGAAAUGUGGCUCUUAGCUAUGUUCAGAAAGUGUCUGAAAAAGUUUCAUUGGCAUCUGAUUUUAUUUAUAAUUACUUUUCAAGAGAUGUUACUGCUAGCGUUGGUUAUGAUUAUAUAAAUCGUCAGUGUCGGCUUAGAGGGAAGAUUGAUUCAAAUGGCUGCACAUCUGCUUUUGUUGAAGAAUGGUUGGAUAAUGGUCUCAAAGUUAUUCUUUCUGCUGAGGUAGAUCACAAGAAGAAAGACUACAAGUUUGGGUUUGGAUUUAAAGUUGGAGAAUAGAUACUGAUGCAGAAUAGAUACUAGCAAACAUUGUUUUGGGGGGCAGUUCUAGUUGCAUUGACACAUUAAUAGA